UCCAGCUAUAUUGGCUGUUGUUACACUUGGUAACUGCCGCUAUUUAGUAUUUUAAAAAGGAUUUAUUAUCUGAAUAAAUAAAGAGAAAGGGAAAUGUCUCAUCAGAAACCAAAAUUUACUGUAGAACUAAUAAAAGAAGAGGACCAAAAAGAAGUUUAUGAAGUUCUUAAAGAAUUUUUUCUAAAGGAUGAACCUAAUUGUAAAAAAAUGGGAAUUACUCAUUGUGAUGAUGCAGAAAAAUAUUUAACAAAAAAUCUGGGAGAUAAUUGUUCUUUUAAAGCGGUCGAUGAAAAUGGAAAAAUAAUAGGUGUUGUUUCAAAUGGAAUUGGAAGGAGACCUUUACUAGAUACACCAAAACAGUCUGCUGCUGCAUUAUCAAGUGAUGAUAGAUGGCGUAAACUUGGUAUGCUCAUAGAUAAUAUCAAUGAACAUUAUGAUAUUUUUCAACAAUAUCCCGAUUCGGAAACGUUCCUUGAUGGAAAAGCAAUAGCUGUAAAUCCAGAUUAUAGGGGCUUAGGAAUAGCUGGCGAACUAUUAAAAAAAACUAUUGAAUAUAUGAAAGAAAAUAAUAUACAAGCAAUGAUGAGAACAUGUUCCAGUGCAUUUUCUGCCAGAGUUAUGGAAAAACUCAAUAUGAAAGAAGUUUAUAGAAUUAAUUACAAAGAUUUCAUUGUUAAUAAUGAACAAGUUUUAAAUCCAGAUAGUCCACAUGUUGCUUGUAGAGUUUUUGUUAUUCAAAACGAGGAACAUGUCUAA